AUGUCCGCAGCCGCGGCGGCGCGGACGCCCGUCAUCGUCCUCCCCGGCAGCGGAUGCACGCCGACGAGGGAGUGCAACUUCUACGCGUGGUUCAGCGACGCGCUCGACGCGACGCGCUACGACGCGCGGACGACGAACAUGCCGGACCCGCACGUGUGCAGGGAGAGGGCGUGGCUGCCGUUCAUCGUGGAUCCGAGCGGGCCGCUGCGCGCGGGGCCGGGACGCGUCGCGCGCGAGUGCUUGGGGUUGAGCGCGGGGACCGCGGGCGCGGAGUGGCUGGAACUCGAGGCGCGCGACCACUUCUUCACGCCGCCGUUCCGCGAGCUCGUGGAGCUGUUGGACCGGAGCUGCGACGCCGCGGACGCGGCGGCGGCUGCGGGCGCGGGGACGACGACGGAUGAGGGGUGAUGAUGAGUGAGAAAACCAGAGAAAACCUAAUUAGGGUAAGCGACGGAGCUACUACGUGUAGGGUUUAAUCCCUCGAUGCACGCC